UUUCAUAACAAGAAAAUACUGAAGGACAAAAAAGCAAAAAAAAAAAAUUUAUAUCAAAAUUAAUUGAAAUUUAUAAUACAAAUCAGUUUUAAUUUAACAACUUCUUUAAAUAACCAAAUCAAUGUUCCUCGGCAAAAUGGUUAAAGAUUUUAUUGACUCUAUUAAAAAUUCAAAUCAACCACAAACUAUGGAAAAGUCCCAAGAGAAACCACCGCGAACGAAUAGUACAAAUCAUAAAACAAGUAGAAAAAUAUCGAGAACAAAGCAAUCGCAUAUGAAAAGCUCCCUUAAUGUAGAAGAUAUAGCUGAUAGCCAACUACCACAAACAUGUGCAGGAAAUAGGAAACCUAAAGACAACAACAAGCCCUUAAUUCCAACGAAAGUUAAAUCGGGUAGUUGGAAACGUUCGGAAAAGUCUAUUGCCCCUUUUAAUACGUUGACCAAUAAAAAACAUAAAAAUUUACGCAAAAAAUCUCCAAACUGGUUGAAAUUUCCAAAUAGUAAAGGGAAAAUACUUGAAACAACUGCAUUAGCUAGUGACAAAGAACCCACUUCUGCCUGUAGACCAGGUACAUUGUAUUCUGAUGUACUAUUUGGUGCUGGUUGUUCAAAUUUGGUAAAGAUUAAAAAUGUAACACCACGUAGUGGUAAACAGUCAGAAAAUGCUCAAAAAAAGUUAACAAAAGCUUUAUUUAAAUUUAACGGAAGUCACAAUGAAAUGGAAACUUCAGAUGAUAGUGAAAUUGAGGUAAAACGAAAUUUAUUUCCGGCUUUACAAAAGAUUACUAAAGUGGCCACGCCUUUACUGAUAAAUACUCCAGAUACUACGAACAAUAUAACAAAACAAGAGUUCGCUACUACUUUAAAAGAUUCUAACAAUUUGGACUCUGAAGAUACCAGGGAUGUUGUUAUACUUUCCGAUUUGAAAGAUUUAUGUUUAACUAAUAAUGAUAUUUCCAAUGACAAUUAUUUCGAAGAUACCGCCCAGCAUUUAAAUGGUAAAAUGGAACUUGAAGCUGGUCCUUCCACUACUACUUGUCCUCUUGACCGCCAGUUUUUGGUAUCAUCUAUUACAGAUAUACCCAAGUGGAAUUUUAUGACUGCUGAAACAAGCGCAGAAGCUUUUCCCAAGUUUAUGUGUCAAUUUGAUGAUGAAAAUUAUUUAAAAGCCGAAAAAAUGGCCUGGCUGGGUCUGAAAUUAGCUUUAGGAAAUAAUUCGUCUUUUGAUAAAACUAAAUUUUAAAGGGGAUUUGAUUUUGUUGGUUUAUAAAUUGGAGUUAAUUGAUAAAUGUUAUUUUUAAUAAAAAAAAAACGUCAUAAAAAAGUGUAUUUGAAUGCUCAUAAUCGCUAGUUUAAGAUUCUCUAAAUAAACUUCU